ACUCCGUAAGCCGCCAUGAAAAAACUGUUACUAGUUCACGUCCAUUUUUUUUUUACAAUUUCAGCGAAUUGGCAACUUCGGACGUUAGCCAACUCUAUUGGCGGUGGCGAGGAGGUUUUACUAAAGGUCCAAAAUAUCGGCAAUAAGUGGCAUUUGAUUACAUUCUCGCUCUUCUGCGACCAACUGCAGUUCAUUCAAUUCGACUUAACCAAAAAUCGGCUGCGCUUAAUUGGUGGGCUGAUUUAUCAGGCCUUUGUCUCAUCCCAGGUGCUGUUGACAAUUUUAAUGGCCAUUCUGGAACUCGCGGAAGUCCUGCGACGUGAUACGGGCGACGCAACCUUUUGGAUAUUUCUAAUUCUGAACAUGUUGACGUUUACUGCGGGAUUGUUCUGGUUCAACAUUCUCAUUGUUGGUCUCAGUAGCUACUUAUCUGGACUCGAAAUGGCCAAAGUUUAUGAACAAAUAUUGUGCCCUAUUUUACUUCAUUUGCAUCCAAAAGACUUUUCAUCAGCGUUUUUAAUUUCUUCAAUUUUGAGUCGCCAAUUAUUACGUGGAAAAUCUCAUGUAUUUACAGCAAUCGAAGCGGCGUUAUCGAUGCUUGAAGCUGCCAAUUUUGCCGCAUUUUUAGCAUACUCUUUUUCUUCUUCUUUAAAGUCGUUGUAAAAAAGGACAAGAAAAUACUCACGAACAUAACUCAGUUGUUAUUGAUGAUACAAAUGAUGAAACAAACGAUUCCACUCCGUUUAUUACAGAGCCGGUCAUUGCGUCCGCAACAAACCAUCAUGAAUGAUUUAGUCAAUACUUAUUAAAAGUGCCAUCAUUUGGUGCUUCAUGAUUGGUACCAUCAUGACUUUUAUUACCAUUCUUUAAAUUUUGCCAAAAGAAGAAUGUUUGAACAUAAUAAAUUAUUUUGCAAAAUU